AUGAGGGUGACUAAAGACUGGGAGAAGAAAUGGGCCGGGCAGGUGUUUAUGCUGGAAAACGUUUACGUGAACUGGCGCGGGCAGGUGUUUAACGAGACUCAUCUGUUCGACCCGUCGGGCUGCAUCACCGAAUUAAACGUCUCUUACCCCGCAGGAACACACGUUACCAUGCACCGUGACGUGGUGAACCUGCUGUCUGACGUGGCAGAUCCUCGUGCUGAGGUAUUCCAUGAGCUCACGGACCUUCUCCCCAUGAUGCUGCCGCUUAAGGAGGUGCUACCGAAACUCAAAGACGCCAUUAUAGUGGCGCGGAGCAGAAAGCUCCUAUCAGCAGUGGCCAAUAGAGUUCUCAAACUGCCCGUCACAGAUCACGAAGUUCAGGGGGUAAAACCCGGAGUACCCCACCUGUGGUUCGUGCAAAAGCUCUACCAACCCGUCCGGCAGCAGUGCCGACAGCCCAGCAUGGCUCUAUGGACGCAAUUCCGCUCCAACCACCUCCUCCCUAGAGAUUCCCCGCAAGUCUUCCGAGAAACGGGCGCUGAGUUUGCAAAUGCUGAGUCAGCAGCGGGGUUGGAGGGAGGCGUGCCGGCGGAUUGGGUGGUGGUGGUGGGUGUUGACGUGGCAGGGCGGGUGCAGGAGGCAGGAUAUAUCAGGGAUGCGCUGCGAUUCUUUUAUCCGGAGGACCGGAUUGUACUCUUUAAGAACAACCUCAAUGUUCUGGAAGCCAAGGACUUAUUCAACAGAGCAGUUCUCUUCAUAUCCACUUCGACCUCCGCUCUUGCUCACGUCAUGUUCAUGCCACCCAACGCCACGGUCCUAGAGCUUCGGGCCGUUCUAGACCCCAAUGCCGCCCAGAAAGCAGGCUCGGCAGCAGCUGUAGCAGCGGAUCCGGAUCUGCCCACCAGGCAGCUCGCAGAGGCUUGCGGGCUUCGGCAUUAUCUGCUGCUCUGCGCCGCCCAGCCCGACCCCAAGCCGGCCAAUGGGAACGCCCCGCUGCGCAGCCGCUUAUCUUGCGACAUGUGGCACGUGCGCGAUGUGCUGGAUAGGGUAUCGCACGACGUGUACACCAGCGAGGUGGUAACCAGAGAUACUGUCCGAGCCAUCGCAGGUCCGGCGGGCGGCAGGUUCGGACUAAAGCAGAAGCUGAUUGGGACGAAGCUGAGGUCCGGGGAGGAGGUUCGGGCGUUCAACGAUUGGAUGACAUGCGUUGCGAAGCAGGGUCGGUGGGAUUACAACGCGACUCCCCGCGUGUUACCUUGGGAAUACAUGGGGAACAUCAACCUGUGCGACCACCGGCAUUGGGACGCAACACAAGGGCUCAUGAAAAAGGAAUCUGAUGAGUAUGCUCUGUCGGGAGGAGACCCCGAGAAGUGGACGCAGAAUGAGAUGGCACGUGGAAUGGCUGAGGAGCUGGGGAUAGUGUACAUGGAUGUGGAUUCGAUGACGGCUCUACGGCCGGAUGGGCACAAGGGAUGGAAGCCAUCGAUCCAACGGCUGGAUUGCUUGCACUACUGCACUCCUGGACCGUUGGAUUCAUGGAUGGACAUCUUGUACAAUACCCUGCUCAGGACUCUGCCCCCUUUGCCUUAG